UUUGCUGCUCACCACCAGCACAAGGCGCCUAAUCCUUUGGGUACAGCCUCGAUACAACCACACCUUAGUACCACACCCCAUCGACGUCCUGAACUCCCAAUAGAAUACUCAAAAUGGAUCAGGCCAAAUGGUGGGAUCAUUAUGAAAAUGACAUUUUUCCACAUGCACGCAACAACGAAGAAUGAUAUUACCGUUUCGCCGAGGUCACACACUCUCCUACUGGGACAGGCCAACAUGCAUCCACUCCAGUGCCAAGGCAAUGGUCCUUCACCGGCAAGAAGCCUAUCAUAUCAUCCGCUCUCGCCGACACUCUGCGCCGACCUCGGCAUUCAGGGACUCUUGAAGAAGCUCAACACCACCCUUAGCACAUUGCACGAUCUGCGCACGAAAGGGGUACACUCCGUUCUCGAAGACUGAAAGGCUAUGACUUGGCACUGCAUACGCCCGUCUCCGCCCAUUUUGGUACAAGGGCUUGACUGCUAUGAGACAGAAUCAUUGACAUGCAUGUGCCCCCUUGGUGCAUUUGGG